AGUAAGAAUCUUUACCUUAAGAAGGCUCUACAAUCGACCAAAGGUAUUAAGCUUUUUACUGCUAAAGCAGUGGUCAGCAUGUUAGGUAUAAUUUAGAACAGACUAGCUGUACGUACGAGCAUUGGUGGAUUUUGGAGCCGAGUAAAAUAUAUGGGAUUAUGCUGGUUGGUGCUGUUCUUAGGUAUGCCAAUGGGGUUCUUAGAAAUGAAGAGUGGGGUUAUGUGUACGAUAAGAGAGUGGGGCAUAUCUAUAGGUGUCCCUUUGGGCAUUUUAUUUUGACAUUUUUAGUGAAGUCAUGGAUAAAUUAUUGGGUCUGGGCUUUAAAGGAUCUUCUGUACUAAAAAUACUAGUGUAGAUAGUGCCUCAUUUUUUGUAAAAGGGGGAUAAAGUAGUUUGGAGUUGAACUGAAGUCAGGUUUAGUAGUACCUCUGUUACUCAUUGAUUUUCUUCCUCUUUGCAACGGAAAUAGUACUUCUGGGACAUUAAAAAUAAGCGCUUUAUUUGACCUAAUAUUAGCUUGACUGGAGCAAACUGUGGUGUGGAAGCUUAGAGAAAAAUUACAUUCAAGAUUAAGGACUUCAUAAAUUUCAAUAAAAUCAUUGCUUUAUGAAUAUUGCAGUGAUCGAGCACAAGAGCACUCUUCUUCAUAAUAUGUUCUUAUCAUAAACUAGUCGCUUUGCCAGCAGCUUUAAAGAUCUUAAAAUUUAGCAGAAUUAUUUCUUUGAGCCAAGGGAGAAGCACCCCAUUCCUCUGGAGAAGUUAUUGCCAGUUUGAUUGUCUUGAAGCCUUAAAUUCUUUGGUUGUUAUUUUGUAGCAUUCUUCUUUAGGAAUCCAACUCCUAUCAUAUGUUAUCUUAUUGAGGAUGCUAGCCUCAUCAGUAUUUCCAAAAAAAUAUCAGGAUUAUUUAACUUGGUAAACUCAUGCAUAGCAUUUUUAGCCAACUACAGACAUUUCUUUCCUGCAUAUUU